GUGGAAUAAUCAAUAAAAAAAAUACCAAUCAGCUGUCUAGAUUUGUCUGUGUGUUUCAAGUCGAACAACAAAUAGCUGAGGAUAUGGCGCACGUACAAUUCCUCGACGAGAUAAUCAGGGAAUAUCUUCUGUUCAGAGGUUUCGGGUCAACGGUUAAAUCGUUCGAGGCGGACUUGAAGGGGGACAGGGAGAAGAGUUUCAGAGCGGACAAAAUCAUCGAUCAACUAUGGCAUUUCAUCGGUAUAUACGACCUGAACUCGCUGAAGGAUCUCUGGAAUCAUCUGGACACGCACAUGUUCGCGAAACUGGAGAGCCACUUCACAUCAGGUGUCAAGAAGUUGGAGAAUGGAGUGUUGAAGAUGUAUCUGGUGAAUGCAGUGGUCAACAAUAAACCAGAAAAGGUCACAGAGUUCUUCACCAAGCUUACACCGGAGUUGCAGAAUCAGAGCGAAUGGAAGGAAUGGUUCAUGCUUCCUUACAUUAAAAACCCAGAGGAGAAUCCAACUUUCUCUCUGCAUUUCACCAAACAAUGGCAGGAUACGCUGUUGGUGUCUCUGAAUAACUUUCUGGCUUCAAUAUUUCAGUAUAUGCCGACGCCUACCCUGAUGCGCUUCGAGGAGGACGCCAACCGGAUAAGGAACCUUGAUCAGACCAAUCAGGCGCUGAGGAAGCAGAUCGAGGGGUUGACGGCGAGCGGAGCGGAGGAUGGAGGUGGCGGUGCCGCGACCACGCCCUGUCACAUCGACCCGCCCCAGCACCUGCUGGACGACUUCUACAUCAUCGCGCAGGAGAGUUCGUCGAGCGACAGUCAGGCGAAGAGUCUGAAGAAUCUCAUCAGGAACAUGGGCAGCGGCUCCAGUCCGAUCCUCGGCCGCAAGGACAACAACGGUGUGCGCAAACGUCCUCGCGGCCAGAGCUACUUUUACGAUACGUAACGAACACGAUGAAGAAGGAGUAUACCUACAUAUAACAAAAGACUUCG